GAUACCAUGGCAAGAACCAAACAGACAGCUCGUAAGUCCACCGGUGGUAAGGCCCCGAGGAAGCAGCUGGCGACCAAGGCUGCUCGCAAGAGCGCCCCGGCCACAGGCGGCGUCAAGAAGCCUCACCGCUACAGGCCCGGCACCGUGGCUCUCAGGGAGAUCCGCCGUUACCAGAAAUCCACAGAGCUGCUCAUCCGCAAGCUGCCCUUCCAGCGCCUGGUGCGGGAGAUCGCUCAGGACUUCAAGACCGAUCUCCGCUUCCAGAGCUCUGCCGUUAUGGCUCUGCAGGAGGCUAGCGAGGCUUACUUGGUCGGUCUGUUCGAGGACACUAAUCUGUGCGCCAUCCACGCCAAGAGGGUCACCAUCAUGCCUAAGGACAUCCAGCUGGCCCGGCGUAUCCGCGGAGAGCGCGCUUAAAUUAAACGGAGCGCUCACGACUUGCUCAAAACCCCCCAAAGGCUCUUUUAAGAGCCACUUAGCUGUUUCAGUCCAAAAGAGCGAGUGUUCUAGCAACUCCUGCGGUCUUGUAAGUGUUGUGAUGGGACAAUGG